AUGGUCGGUGCUGGGAUGCUCGCACGUAGUGCAGGUGUGCGUGCAUUUUGCACAUCGGCACCAAGCAAUAUAUCGCGCAAGGCACAGCGUCAAAUCCGGCGGAGGCGGGACGAUCAACUGCGCGACGCGAUCGCGCUGUACCACCUGACGCCGAGUUUUUACCCACCAGAGAGCACGGACAAGACGGAUUCAGGCAAGCCAGGCUCGCAGCUUGAGGACAGUGUGACGGAGAGUAUUCUCGGGCCGUUUUUUGGCGAGCGCGACGGACGGCCGUUUGUGCAGUUUGCUACUACGGCGGAGCUUAUGCAUCAGUACCAGCAGGAUGCACGACGAGGGAAGAAGGAUACGCGUGGUGAGCUGGAUAUGUACGAUACCCUGCGCAUUAAGCACGCUGUAUCGGUAGAUGCGCGGAGCUACGCACCGUCCACAGGAGUCGAGGAUGCGAUCGAUGCGCCGGUAAGGAUGCGCCAGCACUUUGUGCAUCCGCCUAGUGCGUACCCAUCGCGCCGCGCACGCGAUGCUGCUGGACACGGCGACUUAUACAGCAGCGAAGAAAUGUCGCUGCGGAGUGCACAAGUGCGCGAUGCGUUGUUUGGCACGGUUGCUGGAGAACUGCCGGGCCUCGAAGCUGUGCGUGACCGUGAGCGUGCGUGGAAGAAGGGUGAUCAGGAAGAAAAGUAG